CCAUUAUUCACACCCACGCUGCUUCAUCGCGUGGGAGACUAUCGCUACAGGCAAAACAGUGCGACCUUCUGACGCCACAGCGAGACAUCGCGCCGUGUUCCAUAGUAUCAUUAAGCUUAAGCAUAUCGAUAGCUGGGCUUGAUUGCUGCUGAGGACCUCGCAGUUUUCCGGCAGAGAGCAUCGUGGAUUUGGGGCCGGAGCCUCGACGGAGUGGCGCUUUAGGCGUGGCAGCUACAAAUACCUCUAUAAUAACAGUGGUGCGACGGGAGCUGGGCGGGUGGAGCGGGUGUUCUGACCGGCCUUCGUGUGCGUGACACAAGGGGGUAGCAAAGCGAGAACACGUCGCUAGUCAAUUGCUACGUACUUAGUCAGGCAAAGCCAUACUCGAAUGUCUAGUUGGAGCUUGUAACAUAAACAGCCUCUCUGGGUUUUGUCUUGGCGGUCAAAUCGAUUGCCUGCCCGGUCACUGCUUCCUAGUUGCCUACACUGCGCCCUGCUCGAACCAGUGAGGCGUUGGACCGUUUCCUGAAGCACAGACGUCAUAGCUGAGCGGGGGCAAACGAGGGAAUGUCCGCAGACGUCAUGAGACAGCUCGCGGCCGCGACUGGCGGUACAUAUGAGGACCUGGUGGCCAAGAAGGCGGCGGUCCCCGGGGGGGAACCGCGGGUGCUACUGGUGACCACAGUGGACAUCGGCGGGGGCGCCAGCGAGCGCAUCGAGGUGCGGCAUGGUGAGCACGCGGAGGACGUGGCGCGGGCCUUCUGCGGCCGCCACGGGCUGCCGGACGCCAUUGUGGGCCCCCUGGCAGCGCACCUGGAGGAGAACCUGAAGAAGGCGGCGGGGGCGCGGGGCCUGCUGCCCGGUGGCGACAGCGGCAAGUCGCUGGAUGGUCGCGUCUCCGGCGGCCUGGCGGCGCCGCAGCCCGCCGAGUCGCCCAAGCGGGACUCCACGCCGACCCCGCCGCCUGCCGCCGCCGCUGCUGCCAGCCUGAACGCCACGGGCGGCUCCACCGCCUCCGGCUCGGCCUCGGCCUCCAAGCCGCAGUACAGCUUCGGCGCCGGCUACGACGAGCAGCUGUACCAGCAGCUGUCCAACAAGCUCAUGGACGAGUCGCAGGCGCACUCCGCACGUGCCGGCCGUGGCAACUGGGUCAGCGCCAGCGAGGUCUUCACCGGCGCGCCCGGAGCCGGCGGCGGCCCGCCCAGCAGCGCGCCCAGCAAGCGCAGCUCGUCCGGGUACGGCGGCGGCGGCGGCGGCAGCAAGGCCACCGACCCCAGCCCGCGCGACAGCGUGCACCUGCGCCUGUACGCCACGGCGCAGGAGCGGCAGGCGCGGCACGUGGAGCGGCGGCGCAUGGCGGACGCGGAGCAGGUGGCGGCGCUGGCGGCGGGGCGCAACAGCAUGGGCUGGAUCAGCGCGCAGAUGAUGCGGGGCCGGGGCUCGGGCGGGCUGUACGACAACUACGGCGAGAUGCUGUACAAGGAGGGCGUGGAGAGCCUGAUGACGCGGCUGAAGGCGGCGGAGCUGGAGCGCAGGGCGCGCGAGGACAAGGAGCUGGAGGGCGUCACCUUCACGCCCGCCAUCACCAAGAAGGCUUGGGAGCUCAAGCAGCGCGAGCGCUCCAGCCUGUCGCACAUCAUGAUGAUGGGCGGCGGCCCCGGCGGCGCCAGCCUGUCGCUGGACGGCUCGCUGCUGGGCGCGGGCGCGGCGGCGGAGGAGGCGGAGAAGUGGGCGCGGCUGCACGGCCGCGGCAUGCGCAAGAGCACGCUGGAGCGGCUGGAGUCGCUGCGGCAGGCGCGCGAGGCGGCGGAGGUGGCGGAGUGCACCUUCCGGCCGCGCAUCAACAAGGCCAGCGACCAGCUCAUGAGCGAGCGGGCGGAGACGCUCAAGGUGCUCAACAUCUCGCACCACGACCAGCUGUACGCUGACUCGCUGCGCCGCCAGGCCAAGCUGCAGGAGCUGCAGAGCUGGUACCCCGACGGCGUCACCUUCCAGCCUGCCGUCAACAAGGACCCGCGCGCGCAAGAGUACCUGCGCCGCAGCUAUGAGCGCAUCUCGCGGCAGGGGGGCCCGACGGCCAGCGGCGCCACCGGCUCCGCCGCCAGCCCGGGAGGCCCCACCGCCAGCAGCGCCACCGCGGCCGGCAGCGUGGGUACCACCAGCGGCGGCGUGCCCUCAGUCGUGGAGCGCCUGUACGCCGAGUACGAGCGCAAGCAGGCCAAGCUGGAGGCCACCCGGCAGCUGCUGCACGGCCCGGUGGACCCCGUCACCCUCAAGCCGCUGUUCCAGCCCGAGAUCUGCCGCGGCCCGCGCCACGUGGCGGGCGGCCGCGGCGCGCGCCCCGCAGGCACCUCCAUCGGCGAUCACCUGUACCGCGCCGCGCAGGAACAGGCCGCCAAGCGCGCCGCGGCGGAGGAGGCGGAGCGCCGCGCCGCGGCGGAGGAGGCCGGGCGGCCGCGCACCACCGCGGUGAGCCAGCGCAUGUUCACGGAGCUCAAGCUGAAGCGCUUCCGCCAGAUCUACGAGUACCUGGACGAGGAGGGCGAGGCCGCCGGCAGCCCCCCCGGCUCCGGCCUGCUGGACCUGCUGGCGGUGCUGGGCCGCGCACCCGCCUACGGCUCGCCCGAGGGCGCCGCGCCUGCGCUGCGCAGCCCCCGCGCCGACAACCUGGACAACGAGGUGCUGAUGGACGUGGAGGCGGCGGCGGACGUGUGGGCGCGGGCCAACGGCGUGCUGCUCAGCCCGGAGGAGCAGGCGGCCAAGGCAGGAGCCGCCGCCGCCGCCGCCAGCCCCCGGGAGGGCGGCAGCGCCGCCAGCCCGGCCAAGUCGCAGGCGGGCGGCGGCGGUGCGGACGUGGGCGGCGGCGGCGUGCUGUCCGGCCCCUGCCCGCCGCUGAGCCUGGACAUGUUCAUGAGCUGCAUGGAGGAGGCGCUGCGCCUGCGCCGCGGCCCGCGCGCCUACCUGGUGCCCUCGCCCUCCGCCAAGCAGGCGCCGCAGCACAGCUUCCGGCCCGCCAUCAACCCGCGCUCCCGCGCCAUGGCCGCCAAGUCCCGCCCCGACGCCGCCUCCACCUUUGAGCUGCUGCACCGCGUGGCGGCGCAGAACGCGGAGCGGCUGGAGGCGCUGCGGCGGGAGAAGGAGGAGGCGGGCCUGGCGGGCUGCACCUUCCAGCCGCAGCUCAACGCCAGCAGCCGCUCCGCCAGCGGCCGCGCGCUCAAGGCGGCGGCCAUGCGCGGCAGCAUGAACGCCAGUGUGAACGCCAACGGCCGCAGCGGCGGCUUCGCGGCGGCGGCGGCGGGCAUCGCCGCCGCGGCGGCGGCGGAUGCGGAGGGCGGCGCUGUGAGCGCGGAGGAGGCGGUGCACGCGCGGCGCCAGGACCUGCAGCAGCGGCUGGUGGACCUGCGGCUGGCGGCGGAGCACGCAGCCGAGAUGCAGGAGCAGCUGCUGUGGGAGCAGGAGGCCGAGCAGGAGGGCGGUGCGGGGGGUGCGGAGGGUGCGGGUGUGGUGGCGGGCGGCGGCGGCGGUGGCGGCCAGGUGGGCGAGGGCGAGGCGGCCCUGGACGAGGAGGUGGCCCGGUUCGCGCUGCUGGAGGCGGAGCUGCGCGACAUGGCGGCACUCACCGCGGUGGCGCUCACCCACAGCGACAAGGAGCUGGCGGCGCUGCAGCAGCAGGGGCAGCAGCAGGGACAGCAGGGACAGCAGGGACAGGCACCGCGCGGCGGCGUCAGCGCGGGCGGCUCCUCGCUUCAGGACCUGGCGGCGGAGCUGGGUGUGGGCUCCUGGCAGAAGUGAGGAGUGCGGGCAGCGCGCCGCGAGUCGCCGCGACGUGCGCAAGUGCAUGAUGCAUAUGACCGGGCUUGAGGUAACGCCUCUUGAUUCAGCGGGCGGAUUGGCUGACCGUUUGACCUAACGAGUUUCCCCCAAAGUAGUUCACGACCCUUGUGAGCCUCUUCCUUGUCGUGCCGGGAAUCGUUUUUAGCCGUUUUCGGAUCGUUGGACUAUUCUUAUCUUGCUUUUCCCUUCUUGGACAUUCUAGUAGUCGCAAUAAGCUCCGCGCAGAGGACAGCGCCGAGGCGAUUUAGGGCUCCUGCCACGGGUGCGGGGGUCAGACGGCCCCAGCGCGUGCGGCCCCCCCUUUGUAUGUGUGUGGGUGGGGGUUGCGGGGGGGAGGGCUGCCUACCAAGAGGUCGGCGGGCCUCCUGCUCCGCAUGACAGGAGCAGUAACAAAGCAUACAGUAACCAGUACAUGACAACAUGUGAGGGAGUGGGGGUAAACGCAGCCUUUAGCCGCUUUGGCCGGUGACGGCAAGGCCCUGGCAGUACAUGUGAGCGGGAUGGUGCGGCGGCAGGCGGCGCCGUGGAAUGCCGUUUGCUUCGUGGCUGACUCGUCGGUGUGGGGCAAGGCAGCGCGCAUGCCUGGCUGGUACUAGUACCAUGUGGUGUGUGGUGGUGUUAGGAGGAGGGGGUGGCACUGGAGCGGGCGCUGGCACCCAGGUUGCCGGCCGCACAGUGCCCGUCCGGCGGUAUGAAUGCCGGGCUGCCCCGGUGAUUCUGUGCCGCCCUGCUUGCCGGUUGUUGCCAGGUGCCGCCGCAAAGCCCGCGGGCUGGAGCCGUGGGGUAGACUUAGGUCAGCCGGUGAGAACACAGAACGGCAGGAUCCUGAGCCGUAGCAGUAAAACAAGGUCGAAGGCACGGUGAGAGAUGAUGACUGACCAGAAGUUGAAGCUCACAGUUGAGGCAGGCGCCUGAUCAGGCCUGAUAGCCAUAUUAAGUUGCCUGUGUAACACACGCCAAAGGCUCACGAAGGAUCUCCGACUCCGUUCACGCACAAGUCCACACAGGUCCAUACGCCCCUUCAACCAACCCUCGCCAGCGGACCGCCCGUCUGUCCACCUACUCAUCCAGGUCCAUCAAACCGACAGUGGCGGCAUCCACGCCUCGCCGCGUUCGGCAUCCCCGAGCGAAGCAACAAUGUGUUAGAGGUCUAGGCUUGGUAUGGGCCGUGGCUGUUGUCUCACGAGCCAAUGAGCCAUGACCGCCGACUGCGCACGUCAGGGCGGCUCUGUAUGUAUGGUUAUGCGCUGCAAUGUCAACAGCGGUCCAGGCCCGCAAGCAGACUGGUGCCCUAUUCCGGUGACAAAGCAGACUGGCAAUGAGCAGCGCGCACACAGAACGCACACGGAGUCACGAACAACCAAACAAGACCUGGGCACAUGACAGCGUUCGACAAGGCCACCAGUGCAGUACCCGUGCAAUGACCCGUGGCUCACACAGUGCACAUCUACAGUAACACACAUGCCC